GGUAGCAGCACAUUGACACCAUUACACAAGUAUCCAGCUAGAAGAGACGACAAUGUACAGUAACAAGCUAGGAAAGGUUAUUCUGUAGUGUUUUGGCAGAGCGCCACCAUGCAAGGUUUAGUGGUCCAGGCUCUUGUAAUGAGGCAGCUGAGAAGGUUGAACCUCCGCUAUCUGCUGGCUGUUGGAUGUGGACCAAGGCAGACUGAAUGGUGCCCCAGGUCUAUCCACACAUGCCAGCUGUUGGGCUGCUCAGCUUUCCCUAAACCUGGCUGUCAGAGGGCUGCUUUGCAUGGGAGAGAUGUCACCAGGAGCUGGUUUCUUCAUCCUGUGAGGCUUAAAAGCAAGAAGAGCAAAGGUGCUUCUAAGACAGCACAGGAGGAGGAGACAGAAGAUGAAUAUGACAAAGAUCCAGAGGACAGUGAUUAUGAGCAUGAGGUGAAUGAGGAUCCAAAUCUUCCUAAGGACUAUAAAGAUAUGGAAAAAUAUGUGCAGUCCUUCCGGUAUGAUGUCAUCAUGAAAGCUGGCCUGGACAUGGCACGCAACAAAAUUGAAGAUGCCUUCUACAGCAACAAGCUCAGACUAAAUGGACACAAACUCAUCAAGAAAAGUAAAACGGUGAAAGUUGGAGACACCUUGGACCUGGUACUGUCAGAGAACCAAGAAAAAAACACUGUUACUUUGAUGAGAGUCAUCAUCAGGGAGGUUUUAGGCGAAACCAGUAACACAGAGAAGUACAAAAUUGCCAUAAGGCGCUGGAAAUGUAUUGCACUUCCCAAGGAUGAGGCCUUAAAGCAGUGAACCUGAUUAUGAUAGUACUGACUGUAAUACCAUUGAAGAGUAACACCAACAACACAGAGAAAUGCUGGCAUUUGAAUGGUCUCCAACAUUUUGCAUCUAGAAUGGGAUUUCCCCACUAUACUGUGCACCUCCCCUAGUAAACAUGCACACAUUUUGAAAUCUGAAAAUCAUGUCCUGAUGAUUUGGUGGAUGUGACAUUUUCAUACAGGUUUGUGAGUUUUUAUGACUCCUUACCAUAGGUAUGCUCUGCGUUUCCUCCUAUUUGUCUUAUAAAUCCCUAUUGAAUAUGUUUUAUGGCAGUAAAAGUACAAAAUAAGCAGAACCAAUGUUCAUAUUACAUAGCACCCAAGUUAUUUAUGCAUUCCUAUGAGUGUGUGGUUAAAACUGAGCUAAGUUGAACAAACCUCGAAAAAAUCUUUUUCUCUAUUCUUUAAAAUGUAAAACAGUUUUUUAAAGUUAGACCAAUGGGGGGCAGCUGUGGCUUAGGAGGUGGAACAGGUUGCCUCCUAACCAGAGGGUUCGUAGUUUGCUUCUCUGGUCCACAUGUUGAAGUGUCCUCAAGCAAGACACUGAACCCUUAGUUGCUCCCAGUAAUAUCACUGGUGUGUGAAUAGGAAAUAGUGUAAAGCGCAUCAUUGUGUAGAAAGGCGCUGUAUAAUUGUCCCAUAAGUCAUAAUUAAGACACCUCAACGAUUACAGUUGGGCGCUUUUAUGCAAAAUACUCUUGUCAUAUUUAUAACUGAUUUUAUUAGAAAUAGGCUAUCAUGAUCUGCAGUCAUGUUAAAUUGUCUUUGUAAUAUAAACUUCUAUAAGAAGGCUUAACAUAAGCACGUUAUUAAAACAGUGGUGGCACAAUGCUACAUCAGUAACUGCAAUGGAAAUAUCACAUCUUUGUGAUUCAGUUCUGUCCAUAGAGCAAAUGUGUGACCUAUGCUACUAGCUACUAUCAUUGCUAUUGUUUUUAAGGCUACAACAUUUAUCACCAAAGUUUGUUAGAUAAGCUAUGACAGUUAUUGGCUUAUAAAUAGAAGCACUUUUAACUCUUGAUCCAACAAUAAUAAGACUACAUAACGUACAACAUCUACUGUUGUAGUCCAAAGGUAAAAUGCUAAGAAUAGUACAGAAGAAACUCAUAACAGCUUGGUUUCAUCCUCCAUAAGCCAGUUUGUAAAAGUUCAACAUAUAUACACACGGACAAAAUUAUUGGUACCCUUCCCUUAAAGAAAGAGAAACUCACAGUGAUCA